ACUGAUCAGUUGAAAAACUAAGCUGCAACGUUAAGCAAGCAAGCACACAGAGUAGAAUUGUUAAUUGGCAAUGGAUUUGGCUGGCAAAAAUGUGGUUUACCUCGGUGGCUUUGGCGGCAUAGGCCAAAAAACAUGCAGCGAACUGCUCGAGCGCCAACUUCAAGCGUUGGCCAUAUUCGAUCUGACGCUGAACGAAGAGAUCUUGACUACAUGGCAAUCCAAAUUUCCCAACACCAAGAUAUUUUAUCUAAAAGUGGACAUUACCCAAAGAUCAGACAUCGAGGCUGCCUAUAAGGAGGCUGUUGAGCGUUUGGGACAUUUGGAUCUGGUGGUGAAUGGCAUGGGACUGAUGGAUGAUCGGCAUAUUGAUCUCACUAUACAGAUCAAUUUGAUGGGAGUGAUAAACAGUUGUCUGAUUGCCCUCGAAUACAUGGAUAAGUCAAAGGGCGGCAAGGGAGGCAUGAUUGUGAACAUCUCCUCGGUGGCGGGAAUCCAACCAACUCCACUCAUGUCCGUCUAUUCGGCAGCCAAGCAUGGAGUGACAACUUUUACUCGCUGUCUUGCGCACCCUCCCUAUUUUGACAUCAUGGGUGUCGCCUUUGUCACCAUCUGUCCUGGCUUCACUGAGACUCCUUUGCUUAAUGACCUAGCCGAUAAGAUAACAUUCAAAUUCGAGACGCCAAUGGCCUUAAGGAAAGCAAAGCGUCAGCCACCUCAAGUUUGUGCCGAGAACUUUGUAAAGGUCAUUGAAAAGGCCCAAAAUGGCACAGCUUGGUUGCUGGACGUGGGUGAGAUCAAAGAGAUUGAAUUCCCCGUGAUGUGGAUACCCCAGCUUGAACAAUAACUAAGUAUAACCAAAUCUGUUUUAAUAUUAAGCAUCGGUUAUUAUUGUUUUUUAAUAAAGUUUAUCGAUAUUUUAGA